GAAAAAAACAGAGGUUCGUUUCUUACGUUUUGCUCGGUUUAGUUGUUUCAAACACCAUAUAAGAACCUCGACUGUUCUCGACGACGGCUUUUGUUCUCCACCUUCAUUUCUUCCGCAAAACGGAAAGUAUUAUUCCGGCAUGGGCGAUCCCGGAGAAUCUCUUUUGAAUCGGAACAAGUUCAACCGAUGCCAAUCACACGCGCAGGACGAGCUGCAGAGCUUCCGGACCUACUUGCGGUGGAUGUGCGUCGACCAAUCCAGCUUCUGGACCGUCGCCCUAUCUUGGUUCGUGUUCGUCAUUUUCACCUUCGUGGUGCCGGCGAUGUCACAUUUCUUUCUCGCCUGCUCUACUUGCGAUGCCAAGCACUCCCGACCCUACGACGCGGUUGUCCAGCUUUCGCUCAGCAGCGUCGCGGCACUCUCAUUUAUCUGCCUCUCGAGAUUUAUCAGGAAGUACGGGUUGCGGAGGUUCUUGUUCUUCGAUAAGCUCGUCAAUGAGAGCGAAACUGUGAGGAAGAAUUACACGGGUCAGCUCCAUAGAUCACUGAAGAUUGUCCUAGUUUUUGUCCUCCCUUGCUUUCUAGCCGAGUCUGCAUACAAGAUAUGGUGGUAUGCCUCAGGAGCUUCACAGAUCCCAUUCUUGGGCAUUGUUUGGCUAAGUGACACCGUGGCCUGCAUGUUGGAGCUUUGCUCUUGGCUCUACCGGACCACUGUGUUCUUCCUCAUCUGUGUCCUCUUUCGUCUCAUUUGUCACCUACAGAUCCUCCGCCUCCAAGACUUUGCUCAAGUUUUCCAGGUUGAUUCCGAUGUUGGAUCUGUCCUGUUUGAACACCUUAGGAUCAGAAGACACCUGAGGAUCAUUAGCCACCGCUACCGUGCCUUUAUUCUAUGGUGCCUGAUCUUUGUUACUGGCAGCCAGUUUACCUCGUUACUCAUCACCACAAAAUCCAAUGCUGAAUUGACUAUAUACAAAGCUGGAGAGCUAGCUAUGUGUUCCGUGACUCUUCUCACGGGUCUGCUCAUUUUACUUCGUAGUGCAACAAAGAUCACACACAAGGCACAAGCUGUUACCUGCCUGGCUGCAAAGUGGCACGUAUGUGCGACAUUAGAGUCUUUUGAUGCAAAUGAUGGUGAGACACCUACGACCCGUGUCACCACGAGCCAUAACCAACCCUUUUCAGAGGCUUCUGGUGGCGAAUCUGAUAGCGAGGCUAGUGACGAGGAAGAUGACUUGGACAACAACAAAUUGAUCCCUGCAUACGCUUACAGUACCAUCUCAUAUCAAAAAAGACAAGCUUUAGUGACAUAUUUUGAGAACAACAGAGCAGGAAUCACUGUGUUUGGUUUCACAUUAGAUCGGAGCACGAUCCAUACAAUUUUUGGGGUUGAAUUGUCUCUUGUUCUAUGGCUACUCGGGAAAACUAUUAGCAAUGUAUAAAAUAAGCUUUGCUCAACCGGCCUUAGUAGUAAAAUCUCGGCAUUGGAUGGUUAUAAUGGUGCUGAGGGUCACCUUGGCAGAGAGGCAGGGAUGAAGAUGGUUGUGUAAAGGUUUCAAAUUUGAUUCCUUUUGUGUUAAGAGUUUUUAUGCUUUGUAUCUUCUUUCUUCUUUUGUAUUUCUUGUGUAUUUCCUUCCUAAUAUUAUUAGAAUCCAUUUUUCUCA